UUGGCUGACUUCUUACUUUAAUCGAAUGACAAGUGCCAGUGAAGGCGUGGACGGGGGAUUUCUACGGAGAGGAUCGUCUUGGCUCAGUGGAAAAGUUGAAUUGGUGCAAAAUGGAUCGUAAAUUAUUAGUCUCCGUGAAUUUGUUUUUACUAAUAGUAAUUGGUGCAGAAGUUCGAAGUGAAUUAUCAGAAAUUGAUAAAAUGUCAAAAAGACUCGACGAGCUUCUCGUUGAAAUCGAUAGCCCGAAAAACUCUUUCGAAGACUCGGAAAGAAAAAUGGAUUUUUGGCAAAAAUACGAAUUCGGCAGUGGCGUUGGAAAUCGAGAGGAGUUAUCAAUAAAAAAUGUAACAUCGAAAUUGGAUCCUCACUUGAAAAAGAACAUCGACGAUUAUCAAUUGAUCGAAAAAAAUGGAGAAUUUUUUUUGGCUGGUACCGAAAACGAGGUUUUUCAUUUCUACAAAUUCGAUUUCGAGCAAGCUCGCACGAUUUUCCAUAUCGACGUCCAUUCAUCAGGAAAAAUUCAAAAUUUUCUCCUCUUCGUCGUCCCAAAAUCUUCGACGAUCGUCGCUAUUUUAUGUGUCGAGUCCCAGCAGGGAAGCGACUUAAUUUGGUAUCGAUUCGCCCAAGGAAAACUCGUGGAUCUGGACUCGUGGCCUGUGCGAGAUUUUCGCGUUGAAAAGCUCCAAUUUUUUCACCACCGAGGCCAAAAUCGUUUGUUGAUACUCAGGCGAGGAAUUUCGAGCUGGGGACGCGUGUUUAUCUCCGUCGAUGUUUACGGCUUCGAAAUCGAUGGCGAACGUCCUAAUUUGUGGCUCGUGCAGCGAUUGAACGUGCCACAAACUUUCGACAUCCACGUAUGCCCCAGCCAUGACAAUGCCAUGAUCGUAUUUCGUCGUAAAAAUAACGUCAUCACAUACGAGUUCGAAUUCAACGAAAAUGGGGAAGGUCUUUUCCAGGAGCACCAAAACGUCACUUCCAACAACUUGCGAAAUUUGGUUUGCUUCGAAAGCGGCCACGUUCGUUAUCUCGUCACUUCCGGUCCCGAAGCUGCACUCUUCGAUUUAGUAGAAAGUGAAUUCCAGCACGAUCCGUAUUCCGAGCGCGUAUUCAACGAAAUCGGCGAAAUAUCUUGGAUUCAAAGCUUGCUCGUGGAUAACUACAGAGAAGAGUCGAUUUUGCUGGUCCAAUUGAAAAAUUCAAGCACAAUUAUUCUCUCGUGGAAGGGGAGACAAUUCGAAAUAAUUUCGGCGCCGAAUCUCGAGCUGGAAGGCGUCGAUCUCUCUCGAAUCACCGUCGUCCCGAAAUACGGUUACAUCGAUGGCAAUAAAUUGGUGAAAAUCGAGACGAGGCUCAUCGAAAAAGCGAGACCGGUACGAGACGACGUGGAAAAAAUGUUGAAAGCGAAAUACGCAUUGGCAGAAGUUUUGCAGAAGCAAAAAUUUAUUUUUGACGAAACUGAGUCCCGAAUGAAAAAGAGUUACUUGAAAAAUCCCUGGGUGACAGGAUUUUGGAACAUGUCAAAAAUCGAAGUAGAGACACUGACGAUCGAAAGGGGAGUGUCCCACGAUGGGUUUGCUGUGGGAGGAAAAAAGUUGGGGCUGCAAGAUUUUUUGUCGGGUGAGAAAAAGGUGAACGCCGAAUUGGACGAUCUCGAAUCGAAAAUAGGGGAAAUAAAAAGAAAUUUUGAGAAUUCGAUACCGAUCGAGACGCCGGAAGUGCUUUUCGGCGAGGAUUUAUCGAUAAACGGAAAUCUCGAUGUUCGUGGAACGAUUUUGGCAAAUAACUUGAGGUACGAUUAUCUGAAUGGGUUUACACGAGACGAGAUCGUUCAAAAUUUCUCAAAUUUCGAUGCCGAUUUUGUGAUCGGCGGUGUCAAAAGUUUCGAGUCGAUCGACGCCGAACGUUUGAACGUUUUUUUCAUCAACGGCGUUCCCAUGGAGGAAUUCAAAUUCGAUCGCAUCAAGGAACGCGAUUAUUCGGCGCUCGAUUUCUCGAAAUUGAGUAAAUUGAAGGUUCGAGGAAACCUCAAUUUCACCACGAUCAAUGGCGCCAACUGGCAAGAACUCGUGAAAAAAAUCGUUCUCAAAAGUCAGUCGCCGAUCAUUCCUGGAACCACGAUCGUCGAAGGGGAUUUCGUCAGUGACAACUUCGAAAUUCAAUGGUUCAACGGAAUCCUCUAUCCGGAGGAAUACGUGAGUGCCAAAAACCGAGAUUUCGUUGCGAUAAAAGGGAAAAAAAGAUUGGACAAACUCAAGGUCAGGAGCCUCGAUUUCGACGCGAUCGAAUCGAUAAACGGAGUGUCGAUCGACGAAUUUAUCACUUUGGAUGGCGACAGAAUCCUCAGGACGGAAACGACCUUUGAAAAUUUGAAAGUCACCGAAAACUUGCAAAUCGAUGGAAACGUCACAGGCUUGCCGGAGGAUUACAAAGCAGCGCGAUCGACCUUGAAAGAAACGACGGACGUGACGGCCGACGUCAGGGUCACUAAUCUGACGAUUAUCGGCGACCUCGUGCUCCAGGAUUCCUUGAAUCACACGACCUGGUUCGAACUCGAUGAUUUGCUCACAAUCGAGGACGAAAACGUCGAAAUAACUGGGCACAAAAGCUUCCUGAAUGACGUCGAAGUUCACGGUGAUCUAGUGAUCGGUAGACAAACGAUAAAUGGACACUCGAUCGAGGAAUUCGUCACUUUGGAUACCGAUCAAGAAUUUCCAAAUUUGGAAAAAAUAUCAGGAAACGUGACUUUCGAUCACGUGGAAACGAGCGAUUUGGAGGAGAUAAAAAAAUUGUUGGGCGAGGAUCGAGGCGAAUCGCCCGAAACGAAGUGUUUGGCGAAGCUUUUGGUUUUCAAAGUAUCGCCGGUGCUCGAUGAGCUUUUUUUCGAAAGCGUCAACAGCGAGAUAAAUGCGUCGAGUUUCAUGGCUGCGACGAACCGAACAUUCGCGAAUGUCAAUUUCCAAAAUCUUCGAAUAAAACAUUUACGGGGAGGUGAAAUCGUGCCGAUUCGAGUGAACGACGAGCAUUUUGGGGAGUUCAAAAGCUCGAGAAUUUCGAAAACGAAGUAUGAAAAUAUCGAGGCUUCCUACGAGAUCGGACGUUUGGAAACAAAGUUUCUCAACGCUCGUACCAUCGAUGGAUUCCUGCCCCAAGAAAUAGAAAAGCUAAGAAUUUCUCUGGAGCAUUUUUACCAUCGAAUUUCCAGUGGAAAUAUCACCUUCGAACUUUUCAAUGUCGAGGGGAACGUCGACGCCACGACUGUGAACGGGAAACACUUGGAAAGCUACUACGAUCCAGAUAAACUCGAAAAUGCCAUCGUUUCCAGCGACCUUCGAGUGAAAAACUUGAUCGUCCGUGGCUCCAUCAAUGCAAUCAAUUUUACCAACUUCGUCAACGAUUCUGUGCUCAAAAGUGACAGAAAUAUCGUCAUCGAUGCCAAAAAAACAAUCGGCAGAGUCGUGUGUCAGUCCCUCCAGUCUGAGAAGCUCAAUGGAAAAUCGAUUGACCUCAUUUUGGAUCCUGACAAGCAUCAAAUCCUCGAGGGAUCGCUCGUUGUUCGUGGGACCGUGAAAGUGCUCGAUGCGUUUGAAACGGCUGGAAAAAUCGGUGGAAUCGUUUGGCAGGAAAUACGCGAUAGAUUCAAAUCCGUAGGGAACGAAACUUUCGCGGCCAAAGGAAAUAUUUCGUUUCUCGACGAGGACGUCAAAGUCUCGAGUCUUCUCGUGACCGAGAGGAUUCAAGGCGUUGACAUAGCCGAUUUUCAAAAAUCGGUAAUUUACAAAAGCAGUAAAAACAUCGUGAUCGAGGGUCCAUUGAUUUUCAAAAACCCUGUGACGAUCGACUCGCGUUUCGUGGUGACCGAAACGUACAACGAUCUCGACCUGAAGAAUUUUUACGAAAAGGCUGUUAGGAUCGACCGUCCAUUGAACGUUCGUUCGAAAAUCGUUUUUACGAAAAAUCUCCACGUGAAAAAAAAUCUCGUGGUCGAUGACGAAUUAGAGUCAGAAACGAUCGGAGGAAUCAACUUGAAGAAAGUUCACGAGAACGCUGUCUUCGUCGAUCGACCAACUUCGAUUCCUGGAUCGGUCUCCAUCGGCAAUGCGAUUUUUGAGUCAGACGUCGAGAUCGAAAUGCUGAACGAUAUCGAUCUGAGGACCGUGCUGACCCUCGAGGACGAGCAAAUGUUUGGUGCAACUCUGAGGUGCAAAAAUUUCACGGUCGGUAAGUUAGAGCUCGUUGGAACAAUGAACGAUCUCAGUAUGAGCGCCAUCUAUGACGAUACUCUGAUGUUGAACGAAAAUCAAAAUUCAUCGAAUCACUUGAUCUUCGAUGGGAACAUUCACAUUCGCAGCGAUUUUGAAGCGACGAUUAUGAAUGGAAUAGAUCCGAAAAAUUUCAUCUCUCUCGAUGGGAAUGAAACUUUGAUCGGGAAUUUCACUUUUGAAAAUCCACUCGUGCUCGACGACAAUUUGGUAGUAAAAGGUCUUUUCAAUGGGAUCGAUUUAAUGAAGUGGGAAGCCACAGUCGUCACGAAAAAUUUUCCCAUCAAACAAAUCGUCAAAGGAGCCUGGACGAUCCAUGGCAAUGUUCACUUUGACAAAAAUCUUCAUGGCAGCGAUCAUUUGGAUGGUGUAAAUGUUACGAAGCUUCUUGGUGAUCUGCAUCGACGCGAGGUCGAAACGAAUUUGACGAUGGAGGGAGUUAAGGAAGACCUUCGUAGCUUUUGCGAGGAUCUUACAACUCUGCAAGAAGCUGCGGAAAAUCAAAUCUACAAAUACGAAUAUUUCGAUUAUCUUGAUGUCAUGAAUUUCGAUCGUAAAAUCAUAAGCGUGCAUCAAUACGAAUUAGAACACUUGGAUUAUCUUUUGAUCAGCUUCGACAGUUGUCAUUUAGACGUUUUCGUCUUUACCGGCAUGGAGUUUACCAGGGUUACGAGCUUGUCGAACGUCGGAUACAUCGAACGCUGGUUCACCUUCAGUUGCCAGGAUGAAAUAUUUUUCUUGACUGUUGGCAAACAGGCCUGUGGCAAAAAUCAAGGAAAUUUGUGGAAACUCGAUGGAGAUCGAUUUAUAUUUCUUGAAGAUCUUGGAAACGUGACCGACGCAAAAAAAAUAAAAGAGGACGAAUUUGUGGUGAUGGUCGAGGAUCGAAUGAUUCGUCGAUCGAUGAUUGAAAGUCAUCGAAAUUCUUUGACACAGCCAAAGCCCUAUAAGAUCGAAAAUGCCGAUUCGAAAUUUGUCGCUGACAGCGAGAAAUUAUUGUUGAUCAAUCGUGACACCAUAGAAAAAUUCGAAUUGGAGAACGCCACAAAAAAAGAACGAGUGAAGAAUCGUUUUGGGACGGAAAAUAUUCUGAGCUGUCGAUUGGGCAUUUACGGACGCGAAGCUUUUGUUUAUUACGACAAUAAAAUCAGCGACAAUUAUUUAUUCAUCACUGAUGACAAUAUCACACAACCCAAAAUCCUGCAAACGAUAAACGUCCAGAGGCCCUCGUCCAUCGUGGUCAUUAAUUUCGAUGGGGGAGUAGAAAAUUUUUUAAUUUUCAUCGAGGAUCAAAAAAUUCUGCAAAUUUACGAAUACCGAGGAAUCGAAGGCUUCGUACAUCGAGAAAGUAUAAGAAUGAAAGCUGACAAAAUUCACCCAUUGAGAGUUCGAAAAUAUUCGAAAUUCGCAAAAAAGCAUUGCCUCGCUAUAAUCCAAGGCCAACGAUUAGUGAUAUUGGAGGCAAAAAUGCACGGUGAAAAAUCUGAUAUGGAAAAACUCGAUUGUCACUGACGUAAACGAAAAAAUCAAAAAUGAAAAUGAAUUUUGAAUAUUUUUAUAAUCAGUGCGCCAACAAAUCAGCGAAUUAUUAUGAUUUGAAUAAAAUCAUAAAAACAAAAAAGAAUCAAAUAAUUUUUUGCCAAAUAGUCGUGCUCAUAUGGCAUUCGAUGAUAAUCGUCGAUAAAGUAAUUGUUUUUGUAUUUUUUUGUCUCUGAUACCAUAUUUAUUGCUAUUUAAUAAAUAAAUAAUA